UCCUCUCCAGAUGUUUACAUUUCCUGUUGCUGUGCUUUCAGGUACAGAUGUUCGCUGCCGAGGAGAAUGUAGAUUUUCGGAUACACGUGGAGAACCAGACGCGAGCAAGGGACGACGUGAGCAGGAAGCAGCUUCGGCUCUAUCAGCUCUACAGCAGGACAAGCGGGAAACACAUCCAAGUGCUAGGCAGGAGGAUCAGCGCCAAAGGAGAAGAUGGAGAUAAAUAUGCCCAGCUUCUAGUGGAAACAGACACUUUUGGCAGUCAAGUCCGGAUCAAAGGGAAAGAGACGGACUUCUACCUGUGCAUGAACAGGAAAGGCAAGCUAGUGGGGAAGCCUGAUGGCACCAGCAAGGAGUGUGUCUUCAUUGAAAAAGUCCUCGAAAACAACUAUACGGCACUGAUGUCAGCAAAGUAUUCAGGCUGGUAUGUGGGAUUCACCAAAAAAGGAAGGCCACGGAAAGGGCCCAAGACCCGGGAAAACCAGCAAGAUGUGCAUUUUAUGAAGAGGUACCCAAAGGGUCAAGUGGAGAUACAGAAACCUUUCAAGUACACAACAGUCACCAAGAGGACUAAGAGAAUACGACCCACCAACCCCAGUUAAAAAUAGACAAAAACAGUGUCACAAUAAUAAACCACAAAAAACUGCACCAGAGGAAUAUUUUUACAUUAAAAAUAAGGAAGAAGCUCUAUUUUUGUACAUUGUGU